UAGUUUCCUUCUUAUCACCAGUUCUAAACACUUGCUAUAAUGGGACGACAGAAGGAGAAGAAAAGACCGGAACGGCACCUAGCCCUACGCAGAAGGAAAAGCGGAAGGAGAAGCAAAACAACCCCUCUACUACGUGCUAAUAAUGACAUGUCCUCGGACGAGUCUACGUCUAAGGAGAAGAUAAGACCGAAACGGAGCCCGGCUGUACGUAGAAGGAGAAGCAAACCGACCCCUCUACUACGUGCCAAUAAUGACAUGUCCUCGGACGAGUCCAUGUCUAAGGAGGAGACAAAGCUCCUAGCUGAAGCCAUCGUCACGACAGCCUCCGAAAUCAGCAAAACCAUCGAUACGGAUAUUGUGAAUGGCUUCAUCCGUGGGGACAAUGCCACUAUUAUAGCAGCAUCCAUCGCGUCUAUGAACAACAUUGCUGCGGCAGAGCGCAUGACUACGAGCGACACUGCCUCGAUAGAAGAGAUGUUGGCUGAGAUAGCAGAGCUGGAUCCUGUCAAGUUGAACGAGGAUUUUGAGAAGGAGAAUCCGGAUAAAAUUAAGGAUGUCACGGUAUCGGCAUCAUAUCCGGCGGACUCCGACGACGUAUCCAAAACUCCCGCUCCUUCUGCAGUCAACGCUCAGAUAGAGGUACGGAUAUGGACGAAGAGACUUCGCAGAUACGGAAAAGGGAUCUCAAUUGUUUGCUCAAUGCUUGACCGCCAAAGCACUCAAUACCGACACUGGGCAAUUGAAUACAGAGGAGUGUUCCUUGAUCUGCACAAAGAUCCUCGCGACGGGUCUAUUUCUCUCCGAGUUGUUGACGACGACAUGAAGAAGGAAUUCGAUAAAGCCAAAACAAUUGCCCGUUCCGAAAAAGAUACUGUAGCAUUAAGGAAAGCAGCUAGCAGAGUUAUGAGAUCCAUGCAAAAGAAGAAAUAUGAUUUUCUUUCAAACAAUUGCCAGCAUUUUGCUGAGGGAACUGCUGCCUGUUUCCUGUUUGGUGAUAAAGAUUCGAAGGACGCCCAGAAGUUCAAGGUCUCGAUGAGAAAUUUCAGGGACAGGGCAACCCGGGAAAUUCGAUCCUCAAAGAGAGGCAAAGCAGGCGGUUCUACAAGUUGAAGUACAAGGUAGGGAGACGGACUAAUUGGGCGACCUAAUCUAAGACUACCUUAACUCAACUUCAUGCUUCUCCGAGAUGGCAGCUGCACUUCAGUGUACGCCAACCACAGGUCAUCGCGCGAGGGACAUUUUCAUGCCUAUGCUAUGAUCAGACUGCUAUGUUGGAAACCACAUCCACACUCCUGAAUCUGUCCUCCGCGCCUCCGCCGAGACACUUUGAAUUCCCUGCCGAAGCAGUUGGAACUUCCUGUUGCUCACUACCUGGUAUAACUUGCUCCCCCGGGAGUUUAUAUACCCCCUGGAUCAUGCUCAGUAGCAUGCAGAACAGCCCAAAGAUUCCUGCGAGGCCAGAAACAAUCGCAAU